AUGAACAUGAGAUCUGCGUGUUUACGGCGAGAUGUCAGAGUUGGGAUAUUGAGAGUGGAGCGCAGCAAAAGACAGGAAACGAUUUUGUACUCGUUCCAGACGCAAUUGAUCACAGGCCAGAUAAGGAAACCAAACUACCGAUCCAUACUCGAGGAUGGAACGGACAAGGUUGAAGUAGAGGGUACGGAGACAGGUGGCGGAGGUAAAGAGGGAUGUGUUUCGUUUGAUGAAUCCGAGGAUCUUCAAGCUCUUUCCACGGUGGCUGGCAGUUGUAAUGCAUCGAAGCCAACAGUUUGUCAACCCAUACGCAAAAAUGUGAUGGUAGAGCUGAAUUUAAUGCAUAACAAAGCAUGUAUGUUGUGUGGACAUAAAGAAAUAAGUGAAAAAUUAUAUGGAUUAUUAUACCAAUUAGAUGAUGUUGUUAUUCAUCAUUAUUGUAUUCUAUUAUCAUCAAGAUCCCUUCAAAAUGGUGCAGACAAUGAAGGGAUUUAUGGAUUUUUAUUAAAAGAUAUAAGAGCUGAACUGUCUCGAGCAUCUAAGCAAAAUUGCUUUUAUUGCAAAAAAAAAGGCGCUUCCAUAUUAUGCUGUCGAGGAAAAUGCCAAAAAUUGGACCCCUCCUGGGAAACUGUACCCAAUGCUUUUGCCGAGCUCUCAGAAAGGCAACAAAAAUGCAGUAUAGAAACAUGUCUAUGUCCAUACAACGAAGAGUAUCAACUCCCAUCCGGACCAUGGGAAAUUCUUUUGUGCAAUUCAUGUGGAUCAAAUGGAACACAUAGGUUGUGCAGUUAUCUUGAACAAGAGUGGUGCUGUUCAGUUUGCAAAGGAGUUUCAGAUAAGGAUGCAGCAAAGAAGAAAAUUAAAUUAGAAUCGCUUGAUAAUUGUAGUGGAAGUUUGAGUAUGUCUGAAGGGCAAGUCUCGACUCACAAUGGAGAAGUAUCUCAAAGACGUCAUAGUAUCAUAGAUGAUUCAAUACUUAUAUUGGAUUCAAAUGACAGCAAUGAUAGUAAUAGCAGUGUACAGUGUAUAUCUGACGAUGAACAACAAGUUGAGCAAAUGCCUCAAAUACAGUUGCCAAUAAUAUCUAGUUACGGAUCAAUUCAAGAAGGCUUUAUGAGUGAUUUUUUUAACAGGCAUGGAUAUCCUGCUUUUGCAAACCAUUCAAUGAAUAAGUAUUCUAAUUAA